GUAAACUCAAAGUAAUUUUAAAAUUAAUUAAUUGUAGACAACUUGGUAAAGAACUUGAAAAUCUCCAAGUCUAUUACAGAAGCAAAGGCAUGGGCAUGUGUAGCAGAAGCACAUUCAACAAAGUGUUCGCUGUGGCUAUUCUUACUGCCAUUAACUUCCUGAAUUACAUGGACAGGUACACAAUUGCAGGGAUCCUGACUUCACUGGAAGACACGACAGCAAAUGGUUUCAAAAUUAAUGGCAAGCCAGAGGCAAUUGAGGACUGGCAAGGAGGGCUGCUUCAGACUGCCUUCAUUGGAAGCUACAUGCUCCUCGCACCAUUAUUUGGUUAUCUGGGUGAUAGGUACGCACGCAAGUACAUCAUGAGUGUUGGCAUCUUGCUGUGGUCCGCCUUCACCCUAUUGGGAUCGUUUUCAGUGAAUUAUUGGAUGCUGUUUGGUACACGACUGUUUGUGGGUGUGGGCGAGGCCAGCUAUGCUACUAUUGCCCCUACCAUCCUGGCCGACCUGUUUCCAGUCGAGAGCAGACUCAGAAUACUCUCAAUAUUUUAUCUGGCCAUGCCCCUAGGAAGUGCAUUUGGCUACAUCAUUGGCGCUGAGCUUACUCAACUCAUACGUAUGUACACCAAUCAAGCAGUCCCAUGGAGAUGGGCCCUCAGGGUGACCCCUGGUCUAGGCGUGAUAGCUGUGUUACUGGUGCUGUUUGUUCUAGUGGAGCCUAAAAGAGGACAUAGUGAAGGUCAGAGGACAGGCAAGGGGGUCCAAGGGGAAACAGGAAUAACUGCUUACUUAAAGGACAUCUGGUAUUGUCUCACCACACCAACAUUCCUGCUCACCACCAUUGGGUUCUCUGCAGUGACCUUUACCACUGGAGCGCUGGCACAGUGGGCUCCACUCUACAUCUACCGGGUCUCUUACGUUGUAUUGGGUGCAGAUAAGCAAUACGAAAAGAGCACUGCUGCUCUCAUCUUUGGAGGCAUCACGGUAGUAGCUGGUAUUGCUGGGACACUGUGUGGCUCAGAGCUCUCCAAAAAACUGGGGAAGAAAACGAGGAAAGCUGACGCCAUUGUGUGUAGUCUGGGCAUGAUGUUAGGCACUCCUUUCCUGUUCCUCGCUCUCGUCGUUGCUCAGUACAAGAUCCUCUAUCUUGGAUGGGUGUUUGUAUUCGUUGCGGAGUUUUUCCUGUGUUUAAACUGGGCUCCUGUGGCAGCUAUCUUACUGUACACGAUUAGGGCUGGUAGACGGUCCACUGCUGAAGCUGUGCAGAUCCUGAUGUCCCACCUGCUGGGGGAUGCUGUCAGUCCACUCAUCUGUGGAGCAAUCUCUGAUAGCAUUUUUGCUGUGAUCGGACCAGUGCAGGGUGUGCAACAUGGUAAGGCAAUCAGUCUGGAGUUUGGCCUGCUCAUUACAGCCUUCGUCUGUGUGCUAGGAGGAGGGGCCUUCCUUGCUUCCACUUUAACUGUCGAGGCUGACAGGAAGGCUGUUGAGAUAUUCAAUAGCAAGGCAAACCAUUCAGUGCAAAAGUCUGCCCAUGUCGACUAUGUUCCUCCUGACGCAGCAGAUGAUUUUGAUGAGCGCAAAGAACUCUUGGCAGAUGCAAUUAAAGAUAAAGACAUUGUGUCUGUAGACUACAAGUCCAUUUAACUUUGCAUGCUGUGUAUAUAAUCACUACUUUUAUUAUGUGUGUGGGUGUUUGUGAUUAUCAUUUACCUCUAAUUUAACGAAAGAAGAUAAAAUUCAAAAAGAAA